UAGUCUCCUGUCGUUUCGGCAUAUAUUGGAGACCUGGAUUACAAUAAAAAUACCUUUCGAGAAGCCAAAUCGAACGAGAAAAAUAAAGUCAGUGCAGGAUGAACAGAAAAGCCAAACCGAGUCUGAGAAUUGAGAAGAGUCGUCGUCCCAUCUCGGAGAUCGCACAAGAGCUGAGACGUCUGAAGGCGUCGCCCUUGCGCAUUGAUGAUGAGAAGGAGUUGCUAAAGCCAUCAGUGAGCGACAGGCCAGUGAAGAGACUGGAUCAGCUGGAGCCGCUGAGACUGACCCGGCACCGCAUCACCCAGCUGCUGGUGCGUCCGGCCUUUGAGCAGGCGGUGACCAGCUGCUUUGUGCGCGUCAACAUCAACGGGCAGGGCGAGCAGUCAGAGUACCGCAUAGCUGAGAUCGUAGGCAUCGAGGAGCUGGGGCUUGGCUACUUUGUUGAUGGGAUACCCACCAAUAUCACGCUGCGACUGCGGUACCAUUGUGAGGUUAUGCCCCACGAGCUGAACGACAUUUCCAACAUGGCCUUCACCCUCCCGGAGUUCCAGCUGUGGUACGACUAUUGCGUCAACCAGGGCAUCAGUCCACCCACCAACAGCCUCAUUGCACGUAAGAAAAUCGAGUUAUAUAAUGCCCUCCAAAGCGAAGCCAAGUCCUUGGCCCUCAUCAAGCAAACCUGCUCUCUGAACAUGCGACCCGCUCACCGAGGUGGCAUCCUCGAGCGUCACGGCGCCACCUAUCCCUGGCACUUGCAACAUCCAACAGAGGCUACACCUUCCACUCUCAAACCGCCGUCGAAUCAGAAUGAGGAACUAAAAGUGGAGUUGGAGUUGGAUGAGUCUGGUUAGCCUGGCUUGGAAAGACCUUAAGAGACUCUGAUGCAAGCUCGACUCUACAGUCGACAUAUCCCAACCGCACUUACUGUUCAAAUUUGGCUUAUCUUUAUUAGUUUAUAAUUGAAUAAAUAUUUCGGCGUCGUUUCCAAAAAAAUCAUUUCAGAGCCCAU